UUUCAACGUCGGGCUUUCUAUCCACGCAGCUUCUCUCUUUUAUUCCUGGGGUUUGCUGGACAGUCGAAUCUCGCUUCUUCAUAUUUGAAUAUUUCCAUCGCCAGCUAGAUCCCACAAAAGGGAAACCACCGGCAAAAUGUCGUCCAUGCGCAACGCCGUCCAACGGCGCCAGCACCGCGAGCGAGGUCAAAUCCAAGGCCGUGAGAAAUGGGGUAUCCUAGAAAAGCACAAGGACUACUCGCUCCGCGCGCGCGACUACAACGCCAAAAAAGCCAAAUUGAAGCGCCUCGAAGAGAAGGUCCGCGACCGCAACCCCGAUGAAUUCGCCUUCGGCAUGAUGUCCUCGGGGUCCUCGAAGGCGGGAAAACACGGCGCCUCGAACCGCGCGUCGGCCGCGGGCCUGAGCCACGAUGCGGUGAAAUUGCUGAAGACGCAGGAUGCGGGAUACCUACGGACGGUGGGGGAGCGGGUGCGUCGGCAGAUGGAGAAGCUGGAGCAGGAGGUGCGGUUGCAGGAUGGACUGCAGGAGAUAUUUGGGGAGAAGGGGAAGGACGCGGAGAGGGAGGAGGAGGACGACGACGACGAGUUUGGGUUUGAUUUUGGGGAUGAGGAGGAUACUCGCAAGCCGAGAAAGAUGGUGUUUGCGGAUGAUCAGAUGGAGCAGAGGUCGUUGCAGAGUCGGAAGUUGAGGGAUGAAGAGGAUGAUGAUGACGAUGAGGACGACGAGGAGGAUGAUUCGUUUGGACAGCUGCAGAAACGCCAGCAGAAGAAGUCGCGGAAAGAACUCGAGGCGGAACGUCAAGCUCUCGUGGAGGCGAGGCGCAUGCGCAAGACGAAAAAGCGAGCGGCCGAGGCGCGCCAGAACAAGCUGAACGCGCUGCAGAAGCAGUAUGCCGAUAUCACGGCGGCGUCGAACGAGCUGGAUUGGCAGCGGGCUCGCAUGGACAACUCGGUGGGAGGCACGAAUAAGGAUGGCAUCAAGUGGAAGAUCCGGGAGCGCAAGAGGUGAUCUCGGGAUCGCUACGAUUCAUGAUGGUUUUUUUCUAUAUCACUUGUUUAUUUCGUUUAAUAUGGCCGGGAAAAGUUGCAUCUAGGAUUUGUGUGCUUGUAUAGAGGUUUACAGAGGAUACCACCGCUAUGAAAGAAUCAAACUGGAC